AUGGAUCCCUUGGAUCGCUGUCAUGCGUUACUUGCUUGCCUCCGACAUGCCCUCGGGAUUGGCUCAUGCGCAUUGCAAACACCUCUCUAUUUGUUUCAACACGUCUGUUUUGCAUUGCUCUCCACAAAUCGCCAUGCUGCCGCCACAUGCCAGCGUGCACUCAGUCCACUCCAGCCCUGCUGUGGGCUGUGGGUAGUGAAUCGAGCCCGAUGCUCCUUGUACUGCUACAUUCCAUCUCUGCUUGCUUAA